AUGCAUCUCACUCGUUUCCUCAUCACAUUGGCUGUGGUGUUGUUCUCCGUGGUUGUUCUGGCCGCGGAGGAUUACUACAAGGUGCUUGGGCUGGAUAAGUCCGCCUCAGAAAAAGAUAUUAAGCGCGCGUAUCGGAAUUUGAGCAAGAAAUACCACCCUGAUAAGAACCCUAAUGAUGAAACCGCACGUGAAAAGUUUGUCGAAAUUGCAGAUGCCUACGAUGUCCUUUCCACCUCCACAUUAAGAAAAGUCUACGACCAAUACGGCCACGACGGUGUCGAGCAACAGCGUCAAGGUGGACAAGCAGGUGGCCGCGGCAAUGAUCCCUUCGACCUGUUCUCCCGCUUCUUCGGCGGAAGUGGGCACUUCGGACAGGGAUCUGGGCACCGCCGCGGCCCGGACAUGGAAGUCAAGGCCGCGCUCCCGCUACGUGAUUUCUACAACGGACGCGAGAUCAACUUCCUCGUGGAGAAGCAGCAGAUCUGUGAUGAUUGCGAGGGAACCGGAUCCAAGGAUCGCGAGGUCAUGACCUGUGACCAGUGUGGUGGACAUGGACGCGUGAUUAAGAAGCACAUGCUUGCGCCGGGUAUGUACCAGCAGGUGCAGAUGCCGUGUGAUAAGUGUGGAGGACAAGGCAAGAAGAUUAAGAACCCGUGUCCGAUCUGUCAGGGUAACCGUGUUGUGCGGAAAGAGGUCGAGACGUCGGCUAGUAUUGAGCCUGGGAUGGGCCGGGGAACACGGCUGGUCUUUGAGAAUGAGGCUGAUGAGAGCCCUGACUGGGUUGCUGGCGACCUGAUUGUUAUUUUGGAGGAGAAGGAUGCCGAGCUUGGGUCUGGGGAUGAGGAGCGUACGGAUGGGACGUUUUUCCGCCGGAAGGGCAAGGAUCUGUUUUGGAAGGAGACUCUUUCGUUGAGGGAGGCCUGGAUGGGUGAGUGGUCGCGCAAUUUGACGCAUCUUGAUGGACAUGUUGUUCGUCUUGGGCGGAAGCGUGGGGAUGUUGUGCAGCCUUUGGCUGUGGAAACGAUAUAUGGCGAAGGUAUGCCGCAUUAUUCUGAGGGGCACUUGCAUGAUCAUGGUGACGAGGGUGAAGAUCAUCCUGGUAACCUCUUUGUUGAAUAUACGGUUGUUCUACCUGAUCAGCUGGAGAGUGGGAUGGAGAAGGACUUCCAUUCUUUGUGGGAGAAGUGGCGCAAGAAGAUUGGGGUUGAUUUGGCUACUGAUAGCGGACGACCGAUGCCUCCGCCGGCGGGGGACCUGAAGGAUGAGCUGUGA